AUGGAUGUUUGUCCUUGCAGAGUAUAUGAUGCAAUCACUCCAACAAUAAGUUUAAGUGGUCCGACAAAUUUCGCUCCAUUGAUUUACGAAGCCAUUGAAAUUUGCGAGAAAGUCCAAAAUUAUCAUAUACUAGUGAUAGUAGCAGAUGGACAAGUAACGAACGAAAAGGCAACUCGGAAGGCAAUUGUACGAGCAUGCCAGCACCCAUUGUCAAUUAUUGUUGUCGGUGUUGGUGAUGGACCAUGGGACAUGAUGAAGGUAUUUGACGAAUCUUUACCGAGAAGACCCUGGGAUAACUUUCAUUUUGUUGAAUUUCAUGAAGUAAUGCAGAAAGCGGGCAGUAUCAAUUCGGGCGAAUUGUCAUUCGCAGUACAUUCACUGUUAGAAAUACCGGACCAGUACAAUACAGUCCGUCAGUUGGGAUUAUUACGAUCAGUGUCACCAAUACCUGAACACGGCCCUUAACCGACCUAUUAAAAACUUUUGAUCUAAGUUAUCAUCAUAUGAUUUCCUUCUGCGUUAGACUUACAAAUACUUCAUAACUUUAUUUUGUUCAUUUUAAAUACUUUUACUAUGUACAGUUGGAUGACUUAUGAUGUCCAGUUUUCUGUGACCCAUAUAAAAUGCUAGUAGAGCAUGUGUAUAAAACCACCAUAAAAAUAUUCUGAUAUUUGACGUGAAGGAAUAUGGCAUAUUCCUUCACCCUUCUUCACGGCCAACUUUUUCUAAUGAUCAUAUUUCACAUUUGUACUUUAUCGCAGUGA